AUGCUGACAUUGCUGAUCGUCCUUUCGGUCGUGCUGACAGUCGGGUCAGCACAGACCAAUCCCAGACAGUUCCCGGAGGGUUUCUUGUUGGGCACUGCCACGGCAGCCUAUCAGGUCGAAGGUGGCUGGAAUGCGGACGGUAAAGGAGAAAGCAUUCAGGAUGUCUUUUUCCACAACAACCCGGAACUGACUGCCGAAGGUGACAAUGGAGAUGUAGCUUGUGAUUCUUAUCACAAAUACAAGGAGGACGUGCAGAUGCUGAAGGCGUUAAACGCGGACGUGUACCGGUUCUCGAUCUCCUGGUCACGUGUGCUGCCGAACGGGGACCUCGACGUCAUCAACCAGGCUGGCAUCGACUACUACAACAACCUCAUCAACGAGCUGCUCGCUAACGGAAUUCAGCCUGUCGUGACAAUGUACCACUGGGAUCUUCCACAAGCGUUGCAAUACAUUGGUGGCUGGGCCAACGAAUUGAUGGCUGACUACUUCGUGGAGUAUGCCCGGCUACUCUUCGAGAACUUCGGUGACAGGGUGAAAUGGUGGAUCACAUUCAACGAGCCCUCCGUCUUCGUGAACGGGUAUUCGUACCCGCUGGUGGCGCCUGCACAGACUGCUCCGGGCAUCGGCGACUACCUGGCCACACACACCGUCAUCAAAUCCCACGCACGGGUCUGGCACCUGUACGACGAGGAGUACAGAGCCUCGCAGAACGGUAGCGUGGGAAUAACUAUUAAUAUGGACGUGCUUGCAGCACGUUCCAAUUCUACAGAAGAUUUAGAAGCAAGUGAAAGAGCGCGACAGUUUCAGUUUGGUAUUUUCGCACAUCCCAUCUUCACUGAGGAGGGUGAUUACCCGGCUGUGGUGCGGCAGAGGAUAGAUGCGAACAGCGCAGCUGAGGGACGACCGCGCUCACGACUGCCAUCCUUCACACAGGAAGAGGUCGAGUACAUUAGAGGUUCAGCAGACUUCCUAGGACUGAAUAACUACUGGACGAACUAUGCGUAUUCAAUACAAAUACCCAUUAAGCCAUCUAAAAUAUAUGACUCCGGCGUCAUCACUAUUACUGGUGGGAGAUAUCCUUGGGGAUUCCGAGAAUUACUGAACUGGGUUGCUAAUGAGUACCCUGGAUACCCAAUUUUCGUGACAGAGAAUGGUCUGUCGAACUCAGGAGGACUAAAUGAUACGGACAGGAUCGAAUACUUCAUCGGUUACAUGGGAACCCUACUGGAAGCUAUAUAUACUGACAAUAUUCCAGUGAUCGGAUACACGAUAUGGAGUCUGAUGGAUACUCUGGAAUGGCGUUAUGGUUUCACGAGAUCGUACGGGCUGUACGACGUAGAUACCAGCAGUCCAAACAGGACGAGGACUCCCAAGGAUUCAGCUGCCUUCAUAUCACAAGUAUAUGGAAGCCGACAAGUUCCUGAAGAGUACAUUCCUUAGAAAGUAUUGAUAGAGCGAUGUGCGAAGACAAUGGGUUGUGCAUGAUCUGUACUUUUGCAACUGUUGU